AUCCCCUCUUCCUUCUUCGAAAUUUCCUCUGCUUUACCAAAUACCCAUUCUAUUUAACUCCUUUUCUCUCUUCCCUUUUCUUCAUUUCUCUCUCCUGUCUCUUUCGAUUCCUGAUUUUCUAUCUGGGUUUUUCGUUUCUUUGAGUUUGGGGCUGUUUUUCGUUCGAAAAUGGAUUCUAACCCGCAAUCGUUUAGGCAGUUCAGCGACCAGCUUCGACUGCAAACUGGGAAUCUCGCGAACCUUUCGCUCAACGAUUCUAUUUGGAGCAAUUCGUUUGUGUCGAAGAGGCACGAGGAUAGGAGGAAUUUCGAUGUUCGAAGUGGCGGAGAGGUAAAUUCGUUGACUAAUUUUAAGCCUGAAGUGUCUGAUUCUGAUGUCAAUCGAUUGAAGGAUGGAUGGAAUAGUUUUAAGCCGAGUGUUGCCUCUGAUCUUAUGAAUUGGAGCAAUAGCAGCGGCAGUAGCAAUCUGAGUUCAUCUGGGUUUGAAAAGAAUGCACUCAAUAUGUUUGAUAAUGGGUGGAAUAGCUUCAAGCCUAAGGGGUCUGAUUUCAAUUCCUUCAACGAUGGGUGGAAGCUUAAUUCUGCUAAUAUGGGGGUUGAUCCUUUGAUUGGAGGAGCUCAAAAGGGUAUUAACGGAGGGUUUAACAAGGGGGUUUACUCCAAAAUUGGGAAUUAUAACACUAACAGUUUUGUGAAUCUGAAGAACUACAAGAACAGUGGGAAGAUUGAAGAAGAAAAUGGAGGAAGAACUGGGAAGAAGAACAGUAACAAGAAGAACAGUGGUGAAAAUACCAAUGAUAACAACAAGGAUGCUAACAAGAAUGCUUUGGACAAGAGAUUCAAAACCCUUCCUCCAUCUGAAUCUUUGCCAAGAAAUGAAACUGUCGGUGGAUAUAUCUUUGUUUGCAACAAUGAUACAAUGCAAGAGAAUCUCAAGAGGCAGCUUUUUGGUCUGCCUCCAAGAUACAGAGAUUCAGUGAGAGCCAUCACUCCUGGGUUGCCUAUUUUCCUUUACAACUAUUCUACCCACCAACUCCAUGGAAUCUUUGAGGCUGCAAGUUUUGGAGGGACAAACAUCGAUCCAACUGCAUGGGAAGACAAGAAAACUCCAGGCGAAUCUCGAUUCCCUGCGCAGGUAAGAAUUAUGACUAGGAAGAUAUGUGAGCCACUGGAAGAGGACUCUUUCAGACCAAUUCUUCACCACUAUGAUGGCCCCAAGUUCCGCCUUGAACUCAACAUUUCAGAGGCACUUUCUCUGCUGGAUAUAUUUGAAGAAAAAUCCUCUUGAACGACAGAAAGAGUACGUAUACAACAAGCUUUACUCGAAUUAAUCGACAGUAUUGCCAACGACGACGAUCGUAAGAACGCAUCCGUAAGUUUUGGGAGUUGAGAAGAAUCAUCAGGUCAUCUAUGGUUAUAAAUGUUAGUAUAGAGGGUGUUGGUGUUUGUUAGCUGGUUGAGUUGUGAAUGAAAAAGUACACAAACAAUACUUAGUUACUGAAACUGGAAAAAAAAAAGUUUGAACUCAGUACUGUAAUAAUAAACAUGUCUUUGUAUUAUAUUUCAAUUCUGAGGUUAAAAACAAAAUGGUUGAAGUUCUGGAUAUUGUAUGAUCUUGUAAGAGAUGAACUCGUGUUCGUCCUAAAGUUUCAAUUUUAUCUCUAAUGUUUA